GAGUGGUCUGCGCGUGCGCGCAGGAGGCAGAGGCGGUUGGCGCCUCUGCCGUUAUGAGCGGUGGGUUGUGCUUUCCCUGCUCGUAGCCGCUGCCAUGGUGGACGGCCUCGGAAAGGCGGAGUCGGGAGCUCAGCUGCUUGCUCGACUUGAAGGCAGAAGUUCCUUGAAAAGCCUGGAACCUUCCCUUUUUGCUGAGGACGGAUAUCCCAUUCAUGGGGACAUUGUUGAAUUCCACGGCCCAGAAGGAACAGGAAAAACAGAAAUGCUCUAUCACCUUAUUGUCCGCUGCAUUCUCCCAAAAGCAGGAGGGGGCCUGGAAGUCGGCUUGCUUUUUAUCGAUACCGACUCUCAUUUCGACAUGCUGCGCCUAGUGACCGUUUUGGAACACAGGUUGUCCCAAAGCUCCGAGGAGCUGAUCAAGCAAUGCCUGGGCAGGUUUUUCCUUGUGACCUGCAGCAGCAGCGCUCAGCUGCUUCUCACCCUUCACUCUUUGGAAAACAUGUUUUGCUCCCACCCUUCCCUCUGCCUUCUGAUUAUUGACAGCAUGUCAGCCUUUUAUUGGAUUGACAGAGCCAAUGGAGGGGAAAACCUCAGCCUGCAGGAAGCAAACCUAAGGAGAUGCGCUCAGUGCCUCGGGAAGCUCGUCAGAGAGUAUCACUUGGCUCUGUUUGCAACAACCCAAACCAUCAUGCAGAAAUCAUCGAACUCGGCUGAAAGCUCAGGAAAACACCCGGGCGAGGCCCAUGUGGACUACCGGCCUUACCUGUGUAAAUCAUGGCAACAGCUGAUCACCCACCGGGUCUUUUUCUCCAAGCAGUGCCAUCCAGGCAGUGCCAAAGGAUUUUCAAUCACCUCUUGCCACAUCCAUAACAACAGUGUUGUAAAGCGUCCGUUUAGCAUUUCAGAAUGUGGAGUCCAGUUUUAAUGGUGGCCUGUCUUUAAGAGUAUACAAAAUGUUGAGAGUUUUAUUGCCAAGUAAGCAUAACAUAAUUUUUUUUAACGGCUUUUAAAAUUUUGUAUGAAUGUUCCUUAAAAUAUAAUUUGAAAAUCUUGGGAGUGCUCGUGUUUCAGCUUCAUGGUUGUGGAAAUAUUAAGACCCUUAAGGAGAAA